GUUCGUGUGUAAAGUACACGUGGUUUGAUGGAUGUUUAAUUGUUCGCCGACAUGUCUCAGUCAGAUUUGGAAAUAUUUCACAAGAGAGCAACGCUCGCGGAGGAAGAAAUCGAGAAGUUGAAGAGAGACAUCGAAUCGUUGCGCACUUUGUGUCAGAGAUCUGAGAACUCUGGAGAAUCCGAGGCCGAGCUUGCCAAGCUGCGUCAGGAAAAUAGUAAACUGAAGUACAGGUUAAAUAUUCUUAAGAGGGCAAUAGAGAAUGAAAGAGCAAAACAUGGGGGUAGCGUGUUGAUUAGCUCGCUCAAGAUGGAUAGUCUCUACGAGAUGUUAUGUGAUUUGUUCCGGAGAGCUAUUAAUUCUGCUUAUCCGGAUAUACCUGACCCUCCCAUAGUGAUAACCACUUCUGGUAAUCCUAAAUUUGGGGAUUAUCAGUGCAACAGUACGAUGCCACUUAGCAAGCAACUUAGUAGUCAAGGUAUUAAAGUUUCACCACGUGACAUUGCCGCUAAGAUCAUAGCGUGCAUCGAGUCAUCACCAUUAGUGGAGAAACUGGAAGUUGCGGGUCCUGGGUUUAUAAACAUUUUUCUGAGAAAAGAGUAUGGACAAGAGGUUCUGACGGCAUUGCUGCAAAGCGGGACUGUGCCAGGACCUGUUGUAAAGAAACUGAAGGUCAUAGUUGACUUUUCAAGUCCAAAUAUUGCCAAGGAGAUGCACGUUGGGCACUUAAGGUCCACUAUUAUCGGGGAUAGUAUUUGUAGGUUGUUAGAAUAUUUGGGCCAUGAUGUUAUGAGGCUGAAUCAUGUAGGCGAUUGGGGCACUCAAUUUGGAAUGCUCAUUGCCCACUUACAGGAUAGAUAUCCGAAUUACCUGACGGUAUCACCACCUAUCUCGGACUUGCAAAGUUUCUAUAAAGAAUCAAAGACACGAUUCGAUGAAGACGAGGAGUUUAAGAAGCGUGCUUAUAACUGCGUUGUCAAAUUGCAAGCAUUUGAUUCUGAUAUUACAAAAGCGUGGCAGUUGAUUUGCGACGUGUCGAGGCAAGAGUUUCAAAAGCUGUACACACGACUCGACAUUAGAAUCACAGAGCGGGGCGAAUCAUUCUAUCAGAAGUAUAUGGAAAAGCUUGUCAAGGAAUUGGAAUCGAAUGGUUUCCUGGAAGAAGAUGAAGGUCGGAAGAUUAUGUGGGGUGCGAAACCAGGUGUCGGAAUCCCAUUGACUAUUAUCAAGUCUGAUGGUGGAUUCACUUAUGACACUUCAGAUUUGGCUGCUUUAAAGCAGCGAGUCGAAGAGGAGAAGGCUGACUGGAUAAUCUAUGUCACCGAUGCAGGCCAAGCAGUGCACUUUAAAACGAUAGAAAGUUGCGCCAGAAGAAUAGGGAUUCUAACUGAUAAGUGUAGAAUGGAUCACGUUGGUUUCGGUGUAGUAUUAGGAGAGGACAAGAAGAAAUUCAAAACUAGGUCCGGUGAUACUGUGAAGCUUACUGAUUUACUGGAUGAAGGUUUGAAGAGGGCUUUAGAGAAGCUUCGAGAAAAGGGACGUGAUAAAGUUCUUACACCGGAGGAAUUAAAGGCAGCUCAGGAGUCCAUUGCUUAUGGAUGCAUUAAAUAUGCAGACCUGCUGCACAAUCGUAACCACGAAUACGUAUUUUCCUUUGACAAGAUGCUGGAUGACAAAGGGAAUACAGCGGUGUAUCUGCUGUACGCGAUUACGAGAAUUCGUUCAAUUGCUAGGACUGCUAACGUGACCCAAGAGCAAUUGAGAACUGCUUUGGAAACGACGCCAAUUUCUUUGGAACACGAGAAAGAAUGGAAACUGGCCAAAGUUUUACUCAAGUUCCCCGAUGUGAUACUGAAGAUAACUAAAGAUUUGUAUUUACACUCGCUCUGCGAGUUUUGCUACGAGAUCUGCUGCGCCUUUACUGAGUUCUACGACAAUUGUUACUGUGUCGAGAAGAAUCAAACCGGUGAAAUAGUCAAAGUUAAUAUGGGUCGGCUGAUGCUUACAGAAGUGACAGCGAUCAUGUUAGAAAAGUGCUUUGACUUACUGGGACUGAAGCCUGUCACGCACAUGUAAGAUUUUACUUCAACUAAAUAGUUUGCAGAACUAGCUCAGCGGCUCUGUCAACUCAGAGUAUUUUUCAUGGUUUAAUAAAAACGCUAUGGUACGUA